AAUUUAGCCAUGAAACCUCCCACACUAAAAUGACAGGUGUUUCAGUUUCAUUGUCCAACCCCUGUAAUUUGCUUUAAACAUCUGAUUAUAAAAUCUGUAUUUGAUUUGUUUGUUCAAACAAUUUAAUGGACAGCAGUUUGAAUUAUUAUACUGACUUCCUUCCGGAAAUGGGUCACAUAUGCAAAACACAGGAUUUUACCAACAACAGAGUUUAAACACUACAACACAACUGUGCCAAUUCAUCUCACUAUAUUUAUUACACUUAGUGAAAGUAGUCGUAGUAGUAGUAGUAGCUGUAUGUACAUCUAGGUUAAAACAGCUAUGUGUGCAUGGUGUAUUUAAUAGUGACAAUGUACAUUUUAGAGCUAACAUCACAGUACUACAUCACAAUGAUGUCCACAAGAACCUAGUCAGCCUAAAACACAACCAUUAUUGGUGAAAGCUAUUUGUACGCUUGAAAGAUCAUGUGUCUGACAGGAUUCACUAGGAGUCUGAUGGAUGCAACUUUCCUUUUACAUGCAUUGUGUUUACCACAUCCUUUAUAUUCUGUUUGAGAUGGUAGGAUCCAGCAAUCGGAUUUCAGGCAGUUGAAUUAAAAUAUCAGUUUUGAGUUUAUGAGAAUUCAACAUUAUGAUAUGAACAGUUUAUACAUAGAUUCUUGGAAUUAAUCAGUUUUUAAAAAUCUUAGAUUUUCCUGAUCUCAACACCUCAAUAAAUGUAGGGUGGUCAUACAAUCUGAUGCAAGAAAAGCAAGAAAGACAGUGUGUAUAUCUAUUAUAUACUAUUUCAUUUUAAACAUCAUAUCACGUUCCAGGUUAAUUCCCUUCACUUUCGGGUUUACAGGAUGCUCACAGGCCAAUUACAGUGGUGUGUUUGUGGUGAGCCGCUGAUUUGUUGGAUUCUGUACUGAAGUACAUGGAAAGAAAUAUCUCUUCAAGCCUUUCAUUUAUUCCUCUUCAUCUCUAUCCCCUCUUUACGCCCCCUCCCACACCGUCUCUCCGGGCGGGCGCACUGCUGACUGCCGCUGCGGCGCCGACUCUCCUUCUCUCAGUCCCGCCGGUCGCCUGUGGACGCUGCCCCGCUUGGCCGAACAUGGCGGCGGCGCCGGAGGAGGAGGUAGACCGCAGACCGAUCCGGAGGGUCCGGUCCAAGAGCGACACGCCUUACAUCAAUGAGGCGCGGAUCUCCCUUCACCUGGAGACAGCUGAGGAAGUGGAGCGGCUGGCAUCAAUGCGCUCCGAUUCGCUGGUACCUGGAACCCACACUCCUCCCAUCCGCCGGCGGAGCAAGUUUGCCACUCUGGGACGCCUGUUUAAACCCUGGAAAUGGAGGAAGAAGAAGAGUGAGAAGUUCAAGCAGACCUCUGCAGUGUUGGAGAGGAAAAUGUCUACUCGCCAAAGCAGAGAGGAGCUCAUCAAGAAAGGACUCCUGAAGGAGGUUUAUGAGAAAGAUGGGACAUCCUCUCUAGUUCUCAGGGAGGAGGUGAAGAUGGAGAACGGGCGCUCCCCAUUGCUCGGCACAAUCCCGUCCGAACCUGAAGGUCCUGAACUGAUGGAGGGAGCAACAGCUGCUGUAGCUGGAAGUUUGGAGUUUCAAAUGCAAAGUGAAGGUACGUGUCAACAAGACCAGGCUCAGAACUCCAGCCUGACUCCACCCACAAAGGCCUCCACAGUGUUUCCUGCUGAUGGAUCAGAAUCACCCAUCUUGAGACCUCCUACGUUACACAAACAGCCACCUGCUCUUCCACCCAAACCUUUCAGCAGACUCCCCAAUCACCUCACAGAUGGAACCCCAGUAAAGUUGCCAUGCAUUUCAACCAAGCUGUCUCCUCCUCUACCUCCGAAGAAGCUCCUGAUUUCUGUUCCUGCAGGGAGCAUGGAGCCCUCUCCGCUCGUCUUCCAGAAGUGCCCCGCCCCACCUAGCCACUCUGUGAUGGGCGGACACUCGCUGCAGUAUGGGGCUCUGCCGGUGCCCCUGCACCCGCCCAGCCGGAUCAUAGAGGAACUCAACAAGACACUUGCCCUCACCAUGCAGAGGUUUGAGAGUUCCAUGAUGCACACUGUUUCCACAAUGAUGAUCGAGUGCGACGAUGAUAAAGAAAAUCUCCCAAAUGAGGCGGACUACGAGGACCUGCCUGGCAUGUACAGGGACGAGGAAGAAGAGGAAGACGACGAUGAAGAAGAAGAAGAAGAUGACGACGAAGAAGAGGAUGAGGAAGAAGAAGAUGAUACAUUGCUUACAAGUACGCUGGCCAUGAAGGUUUUACGAAAAGACUCUCUGGCCAUCAAGCUCAUUAACCGUCCAUCAAAGAGGGAGCUGCAAGAGAAGAACAUCUUGCCGAUGCAGUCGGACCAGGAGCGUCUAGAAUGCCGCCAACAAACUGCAACCAAACUCACCAGGCGGUUGAGUCAGAGGCCAACAGCAGAGGAGCUGGAACAAAGAAACAUUCUCAAACCUCGAAACGAUCUGGAGGAGCAGGAGGAGAAACGGGAGAUCAAGAGACAUUUGUCCAAAAAGCUCAGUAAUAGGCCCACAGUUGAGGAGCUAAGGGAGGCCAAGAUCCUCAUCCGAUUCAGUGACUAUGUGGAAGUCGCUGAGGCUCAGGACUACGACAGGAGAGCAGACAAGCCAUGGACUCGACUAACAGCAGCCGAUAAGGCUGCCAUCAGAAAAGAGCUGAAUGAGUUUAAAAGCACAGAGAUGGAGGUGCACGAGUCGAGCCGCCAUCUGACCAGGUUUCAUCGGCCGUAGUCGGCACAGUUCUACUCUGGCCAUGUUUUUAUACCUUUACCUGCUGUCCUUGAACUGCUGAUGGGCGUCAACCUACUGUAUUUGAGUCAGGAAGUAGGAGCAAAAACUUUCAGAUGGGGGGUUGAGGGGGCUAAAAACAAACUCAAAACUGUUGUUUUCCCUCUGUGGGAAUUUUUAUGACUUCUUGAUAUUCAAAAGCUUUUAACUGUCAUUUUUUAUGAUGAAAAGAAGGAAAUAUUUUAUUUCACUGCACUUCUGAUGUUGGGAAAUCCGUGCCAAGUUUGUGGAAGGGAACAGCGGAUUUUUUAUUUUAUUUUUUUUUAUAAUCAUGUUCGGAUUUUCAUUCUCAGCUGGAUUAUUUUCUUUUCUUAUGCUGAAACUUGCGCUAAACUGCCCUGAAAUCCGAAUUGAAAACCAAAAGUGAUCCCAGAAAUUAGAAUUUUUAAACACAUCAGAGUUCAGUGAUCUGCUGUGUCACUGUGCCUACAGUAUUGUUUACAAGAAUUUUUGAAUUGCCAAAUGAGUAUUUAAAAUUAAAUAUUAGAUACGGACACAGCAAACAGCCGCUGAACUCUGCUACAUGUUUAACUAUCUGGGAUUAGCCAACAUGAAAAACCUGCCACCUUACAGCUCAAACUGAAUCCAUAAAGUUGUAUAUCUGACUGUAUUACUAAGGACUGAUUUAUCUGUGUGCAUGAGUCAAAGAGUCAGUGUUCCUGCUGUCUCUUGUAUGUUUGAAACUGUUUUGAGAGUAAAGUAUUCUCAGACUUCUAAAAGGAUGUACAUAAACUGUAAGGAUUUUCAAAUGUUCUUUUGUAAACAGAGAACUGCAUGUUGAUAUUAAUUUAUUGUGAGUCUUCAAUGAUGUAUGGCAUUUCUUAAACAAAGGAAACUUAUUAAAAAAAAAAUCAUAA